AUGCGAGAAAACGAACAAAUCGUAAAAGUGGUCCAAGUGAAAGAAAUCAAACGGUUACCGGAGUCCGUGGUGAACCGAGUCGCCGCUGGAGAGGUCAUCCACGGACCACAUUCCGCUUUGAAAGAAUUAAUCGAAAACAGCUUGGAUGCUUCCGCGACGCAAAUAUCCAUCCUGUGCAAAGACGGAGGGAAGAAGUUACUCCAAAUCACCGAUAACGGCAUCGGGAUUCGCGAGGAGGAUUUAGAAAUCGUGUGCGAAAGGCACACGACGUCAAAGCUGGAAAAAUUUGAAGAUUUAGAAGCGAUGGAAACGUUUGGAUUUCGAGGCGAAGCGUUGGCGUCGAUGACGUACGUGGCGGACGUGACGAUAACGACGGCGAGAAGCGGGGGAAAGUGCGCGUGGAAAGCGUCGUAUCGAGACGGGAAAAUGAGAGAAGGGACGAAGGAAAUGUGCGCUGGGGUGACUGGGACGACCAUCGCGGUGGAAAAUUUGUUUUAUAACGUGAAAACGAGGAGGAACGCGUUGAAAUCUGGGGCGGAGGAGUACGCGAAGAUUUUAGACGUGGUGACGAGAUACGCAUCGAGUCGACCGGACGUGGCGUUUUCGUGUAGGAAAGUCGGGGAGACGCGGGCGACGGUGAACGCGCCCUUGGUGGUUUUGAGCAGCAGCGGCGGUGGUGGUAGCGAAGGAGAGAGAGAAGGAGAUAGAGAAAACGGAGAAGAAAACGAACCGUCUCCUUCUUCGUCGUCGCAAAAAUGUCGACUCGAACGCAUCGGCCAAAUCUACGGUCCAACCGUCUCCAAAGAACUCUUACCGUUGCGACUGAAAACGAACAACGACAAGCUGGAGAAGAAAAUGGCGCAAUUCCACAUGGAAUGCGACAUCUUAUACUCAAACGCCAAUUACAAAGCGAAGAAAACGACGUUCAUCUUGUUCAUCAACGGCCGAUUGGUGGAAUGUUCUGCGUUAAAAAGAGCCAUCGAAACCGCGUAUCAAUCGGUUUUACCGUCCUCCUCGCGCGAAAAACCGUUCGUAUUUUUGAGCAUGAAACUUCCCUUUAAAGACGUGGACGUGAACGUGCAUCCGACGAAAAGAGAGGUACACUUUAUGCACCAAGAGGAAAUCGUCGAACGCGUGCAAACAGCGUUGGAGAAGGCGCUGGUGAAAAGCAAUGCCGCGCGAACGUUUACGGUGCAAACUUUGUUGCCGGGAGCGCAAGAGAAAAUAAACAUCGCGAAGAAGAAAGCAGAAGAAGGAGGAGAAGAAGAAGGAGAAGAUCAAGAAGAACGCGUGACGCAAACUCAGCGACAACAACAACAAAUACUAACGAUGAAAACGAAAACGACACAAAGAGAAAAAGCCGGUGGCGACCACAAACUCGUGCGCACGAAUCCAACGAAAGAUAUGGCGAGUUUAGACGCGUUUUAUCGCAAAACAUCGGUCGGUGGUGGUGGUAGCGCCAGCGAUGUUGCCGCUACGACGGGAGGAGAAAACAGAGAAGACGUUGGAGAAGGAAAUGAUGCAACGAACAACAGACGCAAGAGCGGGUCGAUAACUUUACUGGAAGAAGUGCGUCGAAACGUGCGCGCGAGACGAAAUCGACCGAACAAGGACGGGAGCGAAGGCGCGAUGAACGAUAUCGCGCCUUAUUACACGGAUUUGACCUCGAUCACGGAAAUAUGCGAAACUAUUCGAGAAGAAGCAGACGAUGAAAUCGCGGAAAUGCUUCGCUCGCAUACCAUCGUCGGCCCGGCGGAUAUCUCCGCGGGAAAAUGGUUGAUUCAACAUGGCACGAAACUGUUAAUGAUAAACGUCAACGCGGCUUCGCGAGUUUUGAUGUAUCAGCUCGCCAUGGCAAAGUUUAACGGCUUUAAACCGAUUUCGAUACGGCCUCCGGCUUGCGUGUGCGAUUUGCUCGGAGAAGAAGAAAAAGAAGGAGUAGAGGAAGCAAAAGGAAAGGUCGAGGAACUGUUGCUUCGCCACGCGAAGAUGCUCAAAGAAUAUUUUGGCAUCGCGAUUGAAAAGAAGAAGACAACAUCAAAGGAAGAAAAAGCAAAAGAGGAUCACGACAAUGCAGAUGUCGUCGUCAUUUCCGCGUUACCGGAAAUAUUAGACGGCCACUCCCCAGAUGUCUCUCGUCUCCCUGAGUUUUUAAAAUCUUUACGCGAGAAAGUCGACUGGUCGAACGAAAAGCGAUGCUUCGUGACCAUCGCGGAAUGUUUAGCCGAGUUUUACGGCGUUUUAGACGACGAAGACGAUGAAGACGACGAGACAGGAAAAGAAGUUAAAGACAACAAUAAUAAAAACGACGACGACAAAAACGACGAAAGUACGUGGCAAACGAAACAUAUCGUCUUCCCGGCGCUGAGCUCAUCCGCCUUCGCGCCUCCCGCCCGGUUCGCCAAGGACGGCACCGUCGUCGAAGUCGCGUGCUUGGAGCAGCUGUAUAAAGUCUUCGAAAGGUGUUAA